ACUUAUAUCCUCCAUUGGGCAUAAUCGUUAUUUUAUCGCAAAAUUUUCUUAAUGUUCGUUCGUUUAUACCUGAACCACGUGGUGGGCACAUGGCCACGCUGGUCAAUGACAUAAUUAUUUUUAUGGGUGGUUCAAGACCUAUACCCAAAACUUCACCUGCAUGGACUCCAAUUCAUCAAUUCAAUCUAUCAGAUGAGGUGUUCAUUUUGAAUCUUUCUUCAUCGUUUACCAUUGAUUCGCCUCCUUUUACAGAUCUUUCUGCGACUUCGAGAAUGCCAUUUGGAAGUGAAAAGGGAACAGCAGUGUUAGGAAAUAGUGGUGUACGGAUUUAUCUUAUAGGGGGAGUCCAGCAAAAUAUGACGACGUUUGGUUAUAAUGCGACAAAUUCUACACUUUGGAUGUAUAAUUUAAUUUCACAACGAUGGGAAGUUCAUGGGACAGGAGUUAAGGGAUCGCAAAUUCCCAUGCAUAGAUCCGCUGCAACAGUUAUUAGCGAAAGUGGUACAAUAUUUAUACUAGGUGGGAGGGUGGCGGUGGAUACUGGUUCGGAUGUAUUGACCAUAUUGGAUGACUUUUUUACAUUUGAUACUUUAACACCUACGUGGACAAAUGUGACUUCACUUCCUAAUCAUCCAUAUAAACGAAGUCAUAACACAGCAACUUUAAUGCCUGAUGGAAAAAUUAUUUACAUAGGAGGUGUUACUCAAUCCAACCCCGGCGAACCUGCAAACCCCAUAGAAAUGAAUGAGAUAUAUGUUUUUGAUACUAUUACGUCAACUUGGUCGCAGAAGUCCGCUUUAGGGGCCAUUGAGUCUCGUGUUAGACACACCGCUCUCUUAACACCAGAUAAUUACACUAUAGUUAUCUUAGGAGGAACACGAAGUUAUGUAACUAACCAGACUACAGCAUAUCCGGUUUUUGUAUUGCUGGAUGUCAAAUCUGAACCUUUCAAAUAUUCAACCCCUCAACCUUUUGGAUUAA